AUGAGCACCUUGAGGAGCGAAUGGAAGUACAUGCUACCUUUUGACCUCGAUCUGGCCAGCUCCGGAUUUGUUGAUGCGCAUGGGCAGAGGAUAUCCGUGUCGAAUUUGAUUGCCCGCAAUCCGCGCGCCGCCCAGAAGUUCCUCAAGGAGCUUUCGAGUCUCAUUGGCCAGAGAAUCCAGGCAACCGAAGUAAGCGUGCCUAAGCGCUGCCCAAGUGGGCCGAGUUUGCUCAGUUUGCUAGGGAUAUCUGAUGACUCCUAG